CAUAACUGUAGCUCAUGCCUCUGCGUCUGCCCUCCAUUUCAUUCCAUUAUGUCGACACUCUUCUCUCUUCCCUUCUCCCCCAUUUCUCACCUUCUUUCUCUCUUCUCCUCCUUCUCCGAUCGCUCGCUGCCGCUUCUCUUUUAUAAACUCUUCAAACAAUCCCCCUUCCAUCCUCAUUCCAUUUCCGGCGCCGUUUCUUUUCACCAUUUUAAUCUAUUCUCAUGCUGUUCUUCGAGGAUUUGUGGCAGAUGCUCUGGUUUGAAGGUUUCCAAGAUCAAACUCGACUUCUCUCUGAGUCCAUUGUACGGACCGUAUCCGAAUCAAUGGGCAAUUCAUCCUGUAGUGUAUCUGAGUUAGAACUCUGUAGAGAUGAUUCGGCAGCGCUUAAUUUCAAAUUAAUCGCCAUUGCCUCGAUUCUCACAUCGGGAGUUUUCGGAAUUGCCAUUCCGUUAUUCGGCAGACAUCGCCGGUUUCUCAAAACGGAUGGCAAUCUCUUUGUAGCGACUAAGGCGUUUGCUGCCGGCGUGAUUCUUGCGACGGCGUUUGUUCAUAUGCUUCCCGAUGGAUCGAAAGCUCUCUCCGAUCCGUGCUUGCCGGAAUUUCCCUGGUCGAAAUUCCCUUUCUCUGGAUUCUUCGCGAUGAUGGCGUCGCUUUUGACGCUCCUUGUCGAUUUCGUCGGAACUCAGUAUUACGAGAGGAAACAGGGGCAGAUUCGAUUGAAAGAAGAAACGAAUCGGGUCGGGUCGGGUUUGGAUCACGGGUUGGAGGCUGGGAUUCUCCCGGCCGCCGAUUCGAACGUGAAAGUGUUCGGCGAAGAGGAUGGCGGCGGGAUGCACAUCGUCGGAAUGCAUGCACACGCCGCGCAACACCGCCAUAGUCAUCCGCAGGGGAAAGAGGCAUGUGACGGGCACGUGACACUCCAUGAUCAUGCCCAUGGUCAUUCUCAUGGGCUCGACGGCGACGAUGACGAAAGCGGUGUACGACAUGUCGUUGUUUCCCAGAUUUUGGAGCUUGGAAUAGUGUCGCAUUCAGUGAUAAUUGGGCUGUCUCUGGGAGUGUCCCACAGCCCAUGUACUAUAAGACCCUUAAUUGCAGCUCUCUCGUUCCAUCAAUUCUUUGAAGGCUUUGCUCUUGGUGGCUGCAUCUCCCAGGCUCAGUUCAACACCCUCUCAACCUCCCUCAUGGCUGUGUUCUUCGCCGCCACCACGCCCGUUGGGAUUGCCAUCGGUGCGGCGAUCUCCUCCACCUACAACCCGAACAGCACCGGAGCGUUGGUUGCCGAAGGCAUUUUGGACUCUCUAUCAGCUGGGAUUCUGGUGUAUAUGGCUUUGGUUGAUUUGAUCGCUGCUGACUUUCUUAGCAAGAGAAUGAGCUGCAAUUUUCGACUCCAAAUUGUUUCGUAUUGUACACUCUUUCUCGGUGCGGGAUUGAUGUCGUUGCUCGCGCUAUGGGCUUGAUCAUAAGUUCUAUUUGUUUUUUCGUCAGGAAAUUGUUUUUUUCAACAUUGUUAGGAGGAAGAAAUGGAAAGAGAUAGAUGAUGUUAGGGAAUUAAUGGUUUUCGUAAGGGUAUGUACACCCCGAAAUCCCUUUUGGAAUUCGACAAAAAUGCAUCAACUGACAUAAUGUCGUAACUA